AUGGCGACAGAAGAUGUAAGCCAAGAAUAUCCUAACCCGGUACUGGGUAUAAUUACCACAAGAGGGCACGAAUCAGCUUUAAUAAGCUGUGCAAACGGACGAACGUUUGAAUUUUCUCUUCCCUCCCCGGCACAGCUUGCUUUGAUUUUUGGUGAUAAAAAAAUACCAAAUAAUUUCAUGGUAUUCCGCAAACUUUUUCAACAAAGUUUGAGAAAAGAUGAAGAUCCGUUAUGCUUUAAACAGAGGCGGGUUUCAAUAAUUUCAGGUUGGGCAUGGAGAGCAGGAGAUAAUUUUGCUCGAAAUAAAUUCAAGAGGCUUGCCACAGAAGCGAGGCAAUAUCAAAAUCAGGUCGCACCGUCAAUGUCAAACCUUCCUUUGGUUUACAAGUGUGGCGGCUGUGGACUCUAUAAUAGAUUGAGUUCAGAUGCUUCAGGAGUAUGUAUGGGCGUUUCUGAGUUGUUGGUGCCAAUACCAGGUAUUCCCGAAGAGUCUUAUCAAACGGAGAGUCUCUAUCAAAGUGAAGAUUUAUAUCAUCAGGUUGUUUACAGACAAUCAUUAUAG